CACGUACUGUCCAAAGGUCUGCCACCAGCCCCAGAACUUUGCCAAAAGCAUAGCUGUGCAAGCCAAGCCCCACCACCACCACCAGCAACAAGACUGCAGCUGGUCUUACCCAAGUUAACAUGAAAUGUAAUGGUGUUGAGACUGAAUAAGGUGAGAAUGAAUGGGUGACUUGCACUGGCUUUUAGUGGAGUUUGAAAACAAUGCAGGCAUUUUACUCUGGACAGGUCCACUUUCCCCUCUGCCCCGUUGCACAUGAUUCCACAUGCAGCCGUUGGCCCCAAUACAUUUGUGCUCUUACACUGGAAGGCUACGUGUGUCUUUAACAACUGAGAUGUAGUAUUCAUCAAAGAACAAAUAUACCAAGAAUUGCCAGGCUAAUGUAGAGAAUAAAGCUUGUGCCUACUCUGAGAGCCCUGGCAUCUUAAACAGGCAAGGUUCCUUUUUAAAUGAGAGAGGGGGACUAGCAAGGAAUUCAUUAAAAGCACCUAGAUUCCCCACCCCACCCCCCAAAAAGGGGUUAGGUGCUUUCCAAAGAUCCUGAGGGAGGGCAGUUUUCUCAUUUUGUUAUACUGCUUGGAUAAUUCUUUCCAUAAUUUGGAGUUGCACUUGGCUGGUAUUUCAGACAUCUGUUUGAGUUUCAGAGGGCCCAGGGGAGCCGUCUUGCUUAAUUACUGCAGAAGCUUGGCAGAAUUAUCGAACUGGAAGGUGGGGCUUCUUAGCAUUACAGUCUGGGGCAAGAGUUUUUUCGUUCACAGUCGAGACGGCACUGCUUGCACCCUGUUCAAGACUGCUUGACUUCUGCAACCUUUUCAGGCUAAUGCUCAGCAAUGGCAGCCAAAAACAAGCCAGUGAUGCAGAACAGAAGCCCCAAGGAAAGCAGCGUGUUACACAGAGUUUUUCAGUUACCAGUGGUGAAUUCAGCCCUCACCAACCUCCAGAGGACAUACGCCAGUGCCAAAGAGAUUCACCCCUUGAUGGCAUCAGUGUGUGCCACCUAUGAGCGAGCCCUCCAGAAUGCCAGUUCCUUGGCUCUAUGGAGUGUGAAGCCUGUGGUACAGAAACUGGAGCCUCGGCUUGCAGCAGCCAAUGUUUUGGCUUGUCAAGGUUUGGAUCAUUUGGAGAAGAGGAUUCCUGUCCUCCAGAAACCAGUGGAGAAAGCUACCUCUGAUUUGAAGGACACCAUUCUAGCUCACCUUCACUGUGCUAUAUGUUCUGUCAUGGACAUCUUGGAUAAAGUCUUAGGACUGGCUGCCGAAAAUGAUGAGCAGUCCGACAACAGUGUGAAGAUCAAGACAGAGAAUGUGAAGAGUAGUCAAGUGAACCAGGUGGCUAAAGCUUCUGCAGUCAGCAAGCUGGAGAAUGUGGUGGAUUGGAAAAUGGAGCCCAGUUCAGCCUACAAGUCUCCAGGGGGAUGUGUAUCAAAAAAGGUACCUUCUACCAGCACCUUUGGAAGCAUUAGAUCCUUAGCUGCUGCUGUUUCCCAGCUUGCUUUCAGACAGUCAUCCCAAGCCAUCCAGUUUACAAAGGACAAAGGAGUGAAACUGGCUAUGUGGAUUUCAUAUUUGAAAUUCUUGGGGCUGGUUGAGCCUGUUAACAGAUUUACCUCUUCUCUCUUUCUCCCACCUUCCAUUCACCAGUUGCCCUUCCCAAAGGUUGUGGUAAAAGAAGAGGAAGCAACAGCGAUGGUCGUGGUUCCUCCAGAGCCUUGCCAAGAAGGGGAGGGGGUCCAGCCUGUUACCCCUGACAGCAGGAAGCACAGCGGGGCUUCGCAGCUGCAAGAGAGGCGGUCUAGUCGGGGUCACUAUCCUCUUCCCUUCCUCAACCUUGAUGAGCCCCUCACCCCGCAUCAAAGCCCAGCCUUUGAAGCUGAAUAUAGCGUGGCCCGGAAAUCUGCCUUCUCCCCUUACAAGGAGGGGUCCAGCAGCAGGAGAUGGAGCGAAGGGCUGUUCCGUCCCAGCCUGGACGCCACCUACGCAAGGGCACACUACACAGGACUCUACAGCACUGCUCUCAAGAAAGACUAAGCUAGUGAGUGGGUUUGCUCACAAUGCUAAGCUAUGAUUUGUUCAGUAUGGUUUACUAUAUAAACCAUUGUUAGAUGACUUCACACAACAUGCUAAACUACAGUUCAACAAUUCCAAUGGUGGAGAUCUUAUAUCACACUAAGCUAGGGCUUGCAAAAUCGCACAAUUGAUACAGCCAUGAAUCAUGGUUUGACAAACUGCUGGGGCUGGAUUCACACAGUUCACAGAACCACAUUCUGGCUUUAGGCUGUGUGAAAGAAGCAACUGACAACCCAAACCUUCUGCUUAAUUUACUGCUCAUGUUAACUUAGUUCAAAUCUCUUCAUGCCCCAGCAAUGACAUCUGCUCUUGUAAUGCCAGCUUAUUCAUACUGCAUUUAAAAAUUCUCCAAUAAAAUAACCACACUUUUA